AUGUCCGGUUCCCUGGAUAAUAGGAAACAGCUUGGGUUAAAGAGACCAAGGCUGGAUAACGCGAGGAGUGGACCAAUGCCGGCACGACCGCUGGUAGCCCUGCUGGAUGGGCGCGAUUGCUCCAUCGAAAUGCCCAUCCUCAAGGAUGUGGCGACUGUUGCUUUCUGCGAUGCCCAGAGUACGACUGAAAUUCAUGAAAAGGUUCUGAACGAAGCUGUCGGCGCUUUGAUGUGGCACACGAUCUCUCUCCAACGCGAAGACUUGGAGAAAUUUAAAGCCCUGCGGGUCAUCGUGCGCAUCGGCAGCGGGGUGGACAAUGUUGACGUGAAGGCGGCCGGCGAGCUGGGCAUCGCCGUGUGCAACGUUCCUGGCUACGGCGUGGAAGAAGUGGCGGACUCGACCAUGUGCCUAAUUUUGAACCUCUAUCGGCGCACGUACUGGCUUGCCAAUAUGGUGCGGGAUGGCAAGAAGUUUACUGGCCCCGAACAGGUGCGAGAUGCUGCACAAGGAUCGGCUCGGAUCCGCGGUGACACGCUAGGGAUUGUGGGACUCGGUAGAAUCGGCUCCGCAGUAGCCCUUCGAGCAAAGGCUUUCGGGUUCAACGUCAUCUUCUACGAUCCGUAUUUGCCGGAUGGGAUUGAGAAGUCGUUGGGUCUGACUAGGGUUUAUACACUGCAG